AUGCCGCUCCACAACGGAUCUCAUAGUCUACGACGAAAGUCCAAGAAAGAUGGAAGGAAUAGAACCUCGUCAACCGUUUCAACUAUAAGCACACAGGCUGGUCCUGUUGAAGUCUUGAAAUACAUUGAAAGAACCGAUUCUCCAGGGCAGGACAAUGCAUCCAAAGAACCCUUGGAUCCACAGGCGGCUUCUGCAUCAUCGCCAAAUAACCCCGCCGAAACGGACAAAAAAUCACCGAAUGUCUUUGAAUUUUUGGACAACAGCAGCAGUGACUCGUCCUCGUCAUCAUCGUCGGAAUCCGAUGAUCUCGAACCCACGCCUCCGAUUCAGGCGCAACCAGUCACAAAUAUACAGUCCCCUCAGCCUCGGACGGCUCCCUCACAUUCGCUGCUGUCCGAGACCAAGACACCGCCAACCACGAUUAAGCCUUCAUCCACCAGGAAAUCCAGGAGUUCUAAUGACUCACGCCCACCUCCAGCGCCGGCCCCUCCUCCUGCCGAGAGUCAAAUGCAAAUAGCGCGCAAACAAUCGCACCCAAGAAAAUCAUCUGCUGGGGUAUACAAAUCAACAGGCCCUUCACCUCCUCCAUCCAAACACCAAUUGCAAAUCUCUCGCCCUGAAGACUACUAUGACUCACGAGACACAUCUGUUGUCCACCGGUCACCACUGCCACCCUCCCCGCCGAGUAGCCCAGAGGAUAGCCUCCACCGCGGCACACCAACGAGACGAAGAGACUCGAGCGCCUCGCAGGUGUCAUCGGGUUACGGACUAGUCGCAUCGCACCUCACCCACUCGACCACGCAGGAAAAGGCUGGGUUUCCACCACUAUACCGCCGCUUCGAAAGCGUGAACCACCGCGUGCUACUCCACUUGCAAGAUGAAAUCGCCCAGAUGGAGGAAGAGCUUCACACUCUUGACGAGUAUGAAGAGAUGCACCGCAUCGCUACCGCCGAACAAGAAGGCAUCAAGCCUGUGCCUGCCUCUCGCCGAAUGGAGGCCCAGUCGCAGGCGUAUUCCUCACUGCAUUAUCGACGCAUGGAUCUUAUGGCUGCUUUGACCCAUAAAAUCGAGCAAUAUAAUAAUGCUCUUAGCUCAUACAGCAAAGUCCUCCAGACUCUCCCCCGAGCCUCAGAAGACGAUGUGCAAAAUUACCGCUCCUGGAUGAAACAACAUAACCCUAUCGCUGCCGCCGAGACCCGCUUCCUAGACCAAGAUGCCGAUCUUGUCUCUCUUACGCCCCGCUUGGCAGCAUCCGCUGCCGCUGCGCCUGCUAACAUGGCCAUCGUCAUUGCAUCCGGAGCAAUCCUAUUCCCACUCCUGGCUUUCAGCAUGAUCGCCGAAUUCUCAGGCCGGCUCGUCGUCGUUACAGUCGUCGGCGGUGCAGCAGCAGCGAUUGCAGCGAACUACUCUGCCGGUAUCGAUACUCUGGUCGAUUCACGCGAUGGCUGGAGAUGCGCUACAAUAUACUUCGGCUUCAUGACCCUUGCUGCCAUGUUCAUACCUUAG